GCGGCUCCCGCUCCCACACUCGCCUCCCUCAUCAGUGGCAGCUAGUAGCGGCAGCACCCGCAGCUCGCAGGAGAGAGAGAGAGAGAGAGAGAGAGAGAGAGCAGCCAUGAACCACGGAGGCGGAGCCGACAACGGUGUGAGCCCCGGCAACGUCCCGGUGUGCUACUACGGCGCGGCGGGGCGCGUGCCGGCGGCGCUGGAGCGGCGGGUGCGCGCCGCGGAGCUGUUCAUGCGGUGCGCGGCGUGCGGGCUCGCGGUGCUCGCCGCGGCGCUGCUGGGCGCCGACCGCCAGACCCGCACCUUCUUCUCCGUGGAGAAGGCGGCCCGGUUCACCGACAUGCAGUCGCUCGUAUUCCUGGUGAUAGCAAACGGGAUGGCAGCGUGCUACAGCCUGCUGCAGGGCGGGAGGUGCCUGGUGAGCAUCCUCACAGGUGGUGGCGUACUAAUCAACAGGCCCAUGGCAUGGGCCAUCUUCUCCUGCGAUCAGGUGAUGGCGUACUUCACGAUCUCGGCGGUGGCCGUGGCGAUGGAGGCGGCGAUGAUCGGCAAGUACGGGUCGCAGCAGUUCCAGUGGAUGAAGACGUGCCACCUCUACAAGCGUUUCUGCGCGCAGGCGGGUGGCGCCGUGGCCUGCGCGGUGGCGGCCAGCCUGAACAUGGUCGGCGUCUCGCUCGUCUCGGCGUUCAACCUCUUCCGGCUGUACGGCAGCGGCAAAGGGAGGAAGUGAUCUCGGUCGGCCUGCUGCCACUAGGAACACAGGGCCGGCAGCGCCGCCUGUUCUCUUAGGUUUUAACACCCAGUAUGGAACCAUAGCGCCAUGGAUGGAUGGAUGGUCUCUUCUUCUCCGGUUUGAGUUUUUCUGGUGUUGGGUAGGCAUACCUGUCGUCUGUCAGCGUAGACAUAAAAAAAAAGGUCUCUGGGACGCUCGCCCAUGUAUGUAUGUAUAUGAUGUGAAGUGAUCCAAGGUGGUUCGCGUGCUAUGGCAAUAAACGUGUGGGAAAGCGAUGU